AAAUCUGCCUUUAAACUAUUAACUUAAUUGGAGCUCCAGUAACACAAGUUAACGGAGGAGCUGAUCCCUUCGUUUCUCCAGGCUGGACAACGUACUCUUUUGAUUAUUGCUUUUGCCAGUAUGUUUAAUGCUUAAAUGUAAAAUUAUGAACGCCUCUAUUGUAACACUUAGGAACGUUCUCUUAACUUCACACUGUUAGGUUGGUUGGGAUUUUUGUUCAUUUUAUCUUAAGAACAGUAGAAAAGGAAAGGUCAGCCACCAAUUUGACCAAUUACAGUAUCGUAAAGUGCAUGCCAGUUCAUAUGUUUCCUAAUAAUACGCUGCUCUUUCUGUGGCUCUUUAUCUGGGCAGGUGUAUAUAUAUAUAUAUAUAUAUAUUACCCCAAAAUUAGAUUUAACUUGUUCUUCUGUAUAUCAGAUUAUUUUCAGGUGGUAAGUUAUUAGGGAGAUUAUGAAUUCUGCGUUCAAAAGUUUCAGCUAAUUUUUAUAUUUUGGCCAAAUCACGUUUUCUCAAACAUUGAAAGGUCACUGAUUUUACUUAAAUAAGUGUUUGAACACAGUACAUGUCUAAGUAUGCAGUCUGCUAAUAUGCUUCUGAAAAAAUUUGUAAGAAGUUCUGUCCUUCCAUUUGCUGCACAACAUGGGAUGAAGAAGGAUUUGUUUCCAGUCAGUAGAACUCUGAGUUUAUCACUUUGCCUGAAGCAGGACAAUUCAUGCAAUCCUUCAGAAAAACUAGAUUUAGAUGCAUGGAAGAAGGUAAUGAAGUCUGGGUUGCAAGAAGAAGUCAGUGAGACGGUCUCUGAACAUAAGGAGCUUUCCACUUUGGCUGCUGCACGUGAGAUUUUGGAGAUGUGGAGACUAGCUGGCAGAUCGGUUCCAGAAAAUAUCAGUGAAGAACAGCUAAAAACCUUUAUGGAAUGUCCUUCCAAGUCAGCCAAAAAGAAGUACUUAAGAUAUUUGUAUCUCAAAGAACUUUACAAGAAAAAUGACAGAAGAAAGAUGGAUGAGAAGAGGGAAAGGAGGCUGGAAACAGAAGAGCGAGAUUCAAAAACUGAUGAGACCAGAAGGAAUUCAUUCAUAUGUUUGUGGGCCAGCUGUAUGGAUAGAGCAUACAGUUGGAGGGUUGCUCAGUCUAUGAUCUUUGGCCAACCUCUAGUAUUUGACAUGUCUUACGAAAAAGAUAUGUCCAUCCGAGAAGUCGCAAAUACAGUGAGACAGAUAGUAUUAAGUGAAGGCUGCAAUCGAAGAUCUGUGGAUCCGUUCCACAUCCACUUCUGUAACUUCAAAGACGAUAGCCUCUAUCAUAAGGAAUUUGUCAAGCAAUAUAGAGAGGCAUGGGGCAAAUUGCUUAUCACUGCAACAGACCAGUGCUACACAGAAGUCUUUCCAAAGGAUAAGCUUAUCUAUCUGACUGCUGACUCUCCCAAAGUAAUGAAAACAUUCGAUCAUGAUAAAAUCUAUAUUAUCGGGUCAAUGGUUGACAAGAGCAUAAAAACAGGAGUCUCUUUAGCACGGGCAAAGCGACUGGGGCUGGAGACUGCAGCCCUUCCCUUGGAGAAGUACUUGCUUUGGAAUGCUGGUGCCAAAAAUCUCACAUUGGAUCAAAUGAUGCGUAUUUUAUUAACCUUGAAAGAUACUGGAGACUGGAAGGCGGCUCUGGAAUUUGUUCCGAAAAGGAAAUACUGUGGCUUUGUAAGCAGGCCUGUACAUGAACUGAAAAAAAGCUUAAACUUGAUCAACACACUUAAACUUGGAAAGAGACAGGAAGAAUUACGAAAGCAAUUUACCAAGAACUACUCUAAGAAGCUAAUGCAAAAGUAGAGUGAUGGGGAAGAGAAUGAUUUUUUUUUUUUUGUGGGCAAACUGUGCCCUUGAAUACCCAGUUUCUUGGGACUUCGGGAACUGUAUUCAGCUCUUUAAAUAUGCCUUUGUUCGUUAAGUUUGAAAGGACUGUUGUAAGGGAUAUUUUUUUUUUUUAAUUACCUUAGUAUUCCAGCUGUUUAAAUUUAUUCACAUGUAUUGAAAUAAUGUAAGAGAAAUGAGAGAAUCUGUUCUAAAAAAUUACUCUGUACAAAGAAUAUCAGUCUCUUCAGUUGAACCAUGCUGGGACAAGGGUGAUUGUAACUGAAUGCAAAGGUGGUUCUUCAGAGAACACCUCGGUGCUUUGGGUUUGCAAUGGGUGGAGGCCAUCCGCAGUCUUGUUCUGAAAGGUUAGCCAAGAGGAAAUAGAAGAGGCCUUUCCCUGUGACUUCCCAAAUCUUCUCUUGCUGUGUAGAUGAACUGACUUUUGAUAGCUGAACUAAAAACAAAUGGUUAAAACCUAGCAUGAGGUUGGGGAGUUGCACAGUUUGUUUCUGGGUGUUCUAUCUGGCAUGAAUCAAGUCCCUAUUUGGAAGGAAUAAAUCAAAUUUCUUGACCCUGC